UCAAGCGUAGCCUCUUCUCCUUUACCAAGAUGGCGGCUUGCCCCUGUUUCGCCACAGUUCCUACCUUAUGAGCUUGGUUUCCUUACGCUGAUAAGAGUGGAACAGCAAAAGCUGGCAGGCUGACAGAGGCGGCUUCAGGACGGACUUUCUGGCUACUGACCGUUUUGCUGUGGCUCACCCGGAUUGUGUGUAGGCGCGAGAUCAACCAUGAGCUCCGUUGCAGUUUUGACCCAAGAGAGCUUUGCUGAACACCGAAGUGGGCUGGUUCCGCAACAGAUCAAAGUUGCCACUUUAAAUUCAGAAGAGGAGAGCGACCCUCCAACCUACAAGGAUGCCUUCCCCCCACUCCCUGAGAAAGCAGCUUGCUUGGAAAAUGCCCAGGAACCUGCCGGCGCCUGGAGUAACAAGAUCCGGCCCAUCAAGGCUUCUGUCAUCACUCAGGUAUUCCAUGUACCCUUGGAGGAGAGAAAAUAUAAAGACAUGAACCAGUUUGGAGAAGGUGAACAAGCAAAGAUCUGCCUUGAGAUCAUGCAGAGAACCGGCGCUCACCUGGAGCUGUCUCUCGCCAAAGACCAAGGCCUCUCCAUCAUGGUCUCUGGGAAGCUGGAUGCUGUCAUGAAAGCCCGGAAGGACAUUGUUGCUAGACUGCAGACUCAGGCUUCAGCAACUGUUGCCAUUCCCAAAGAACACCAUCGCUUUGUUAUUGGCAAAAAUGGAGAGAAACUGCAAGACUUAGAGCUAAAAACUGCAACCAAAAUCCAGAUCCCACGCCCAGAUGACGCCAGCAAUCAGAUCAGGAUCACUGGCACCAAAGAGGGCAUUGAGAAAGCUCGCCAUGAAGUCUUGCUCAUCUCUGCUGAGCAGGACAAACGUGCUGUAGAGAGGCUAGAGGUGGAGAAGGCAUUCCAUCCCUUCAUUGCUGGGCCUUACAAUCGACUCGUUGGUGAGAUCAUGCAGGAGACGGGGACGCGCAUCAACAUCCCGCCACCCAGUGUCAACCGGACAGAAAUCGUCUUCACUGGGGAGAAGGAGCAGUUGGCUCAGGCCGUGGCUCGAAUCAAGAAGAUUUAUGAGGAAAAGAAAAAGAAGACCACGACUAUCGCAGUGGAGGUGAAGAAAUCCCAGCACAAGUAUGUUAUUGGGCCCAAAGGCAAUUCCUUGCAAGAGAUCCUGGAAAGAACUGGAGUUUCUGUGGAGAUCCCACCCUCAGACAGCAUCUCUGAGACUGUGAUACUUCGAGGCGAGCCUGAAAAGCUAGGGCAAGCAUUGACUGAAGUCUAUGCCAAGGCCAACAGUUUUACAGUCUCCUCCGUCUCUGCUCCUUCUUGGCUUCACCGUUUCAUCAUUGGCAAGAAAGGGCAAAACCUGGCCAAAAUCACUCAGCAGAUGCCAAAGGUUCACAUCGAAUUCACAGAGGGCGAGGACAGGAUCACCCUGGAAGGCCCCACAGAGGACGUGAAUGUGGCCCAGGAGCAGAUUGAAGCCAUGGUCAAAGACUUGAUUAACCGGAUGGACUAUGUGGAGAUCAACAUCGACCACAAGUUCCACAGACACCUCAUUGGGAAGAGCGGGGCCAACAUAAACAGAAUCAAAGACCAGUACAAGGUGUCUGUGCGCAUCCCUCCCGACAGCGAGAAGAGCAACCUGAUCCGCAUUGAGGGGGACCCACAGGGCGUGCAGCAGGCCAAGCGGGAGCUGUUGGAGCUCGCCUCUCGCAUGGAAAAUGAGCGAACCAAGGAUCUAAUCAUUGAGCAAAGAUUUCAUCGAACAAUCAUUGGACAGAAGGGUGAACGGAUCCGUGAAAUUCGUGAUAAAUUCCCAGAGGUUAUCAUCAACUUUCCGGACCCAGCACAGAAAAGUGAUAUUGUCCAACUCAGAGGGCCGAAGAAUGAGGUGGAAAAAUGCACAAAAUACAUGCAGAAGAUGGUGGCAGAUCUGGUGGAAAACAGCUAUUCAAUUUCUGUUCCAAUCUUCAAACAGUUUCACAAGAACAUCAUUGGGAAAGGAGGUGCAAACAUUAAAAAGAUUCGGGAAGAAAGCAACACGAAGAUCGACCUUCCAGCAGAGAAUAGCAAUUCAGAGACCAUUGUCAUCACAGGCAAGCGGGCUAACUGCGAGGCUGCCCGGAGCCGCAUUCUGUCCAUCCAGAAAGACCUGGCCAACAUAGCCGAGGUGGAGGUCUCAAUCCCUGCCAAGCUGCACAACUCCCUCAUCGGCACGAAGGGCCGCCUGAUCCGCUCCAUCAUGGAGGAAUGCGGUGGGGUCCACAUUCACUUCCCUGUGGAAGGUUCAGGAAGCGACACAGUUGUCAUCAGGGGUCCCUCCUCAGAUGUGGAGAAGGCCAAGAAACAGCUCCUGCACCUGGCAGAGGAGAAGCAAACCAAGAGUUUCACCGUUGACAUUCGCGCCAAGCCAGAAUACCACAAGUUCCUCAUUGGCAAAGGGGGCGGCAAAAUUCGCAAGGUGCGUGACAACACAGGAGCCCGCAUCAUUUUCCCAGCGGCGGAGGACAAGGAUCAGGAGCUGAUCACCAUCAUAGGGAAGGAGGACGCUGUCAGGGAGGCCCAGAAGGAGCUGGAGGCCCUGAUCCAGAACCUGGAUAACGUGGUUGAAGACUACAUGCUGGUGGACCCCAAGCACCACCGUCAUUUUGUCAUCCGAAGAGGCCAGGUCUUGCGGGAGAUUGCUGAAGAGUAUGGUGGGGUGAUGGUUAGCUUCCCACGCUCCGGCACGCAAAGUGACAAAGUCACCCUCAAGGGUGCCAAGGACUGUGUGGAGGCGGCCAAGAAGCGUAUUCAAGAGAUCAUCGAGGACCUGGAAGCCCAGGUGACCAUUGAAUGUGCCAUACCCCAGAAAUUCCAUCGAUCCGUCAUGGGCCCCAAAGGUUCCAGGAUCCAGCAGAUUACUCGGGACUAUAAUGUUCAAAUUAAAUUCCCAGACAGAGAGGAGAACCCAGUCCAUAAUGUAGAGCCGGCUAUCCAGGAGAACGGGGACGACGCCGGGGACGGGAGAGACGCCAAAGAUGCUGACCCUGGCUCUCCAAGGAGGUGCGACAUCAUCACCAUCUCUGGCCGAAAGGAAAAAUGUGAGGCCGCCAAGGAAGCCCUCGAGGCACUGGUUCCCAUCACCAUUGAAGUGGAGGUACCCUUUGACCUUCACCGGUACAUCAUCGGGCAGAGGGGAAGUGGGAUCCGCAAGAUGAUGGACGAGUUUGAGGUAAAUAUACACGUGCCGGCACCUGAACUGCAGUCUGACAUCAUUGCCAUCACGGGCCUUGCUGCCAAUUUGGACCGGGCCAAGGCUGGGUUACUGGAGCGUGUGAAGGAGCUGCAGGCAGAGCAGGAGGACCGGGCUUUAAGGAGUUUUAAGCUGAGCGUCACUGUAGACCCCAAAUACCAUCCCAAAAUUAUUGGGAGAAAGGGGGCAGUGAUCACCCAAAUCCGCUUAGAGCAUGACGUGAACAUCCAGUUUCCUGAUAAGGACGAUGGGAACCAGCCGCAGGACCAAAUUACUAUCACAGGGUAUGAAAAGAAUACAGAAGCUGCCCGGGACGCUAUAUUGAAAAUUGUAGGUGAGCUCGAACAGAUGGUUUCUGAGGACGUGCCACUAGACCACCGUGUUCACGCCCGUAUCAUUGGUGCCCGUGGCAAAGCCAUCCGCAAAAUCAUGGAUGAAUUCAAGGUGGACAUUCGCUUCCCACAGAGCGGUGCCCCAGACCCCAACUGCGUCACCGUGACAGGGCUCCCGGAGAACGUGGAAGAAGCCAUCGACCACAUCCUCAACCUGGAGGAGGAAUACCUGGCUGAUGUGGUGGACAGCGAGGCGCUGCAGGUGUAUAUGAAGCCCCCAGCCCACGAGGAGUCCAAGGCACCAUCCAAGGGCUUUGUGGUGCGGGACGCUCCCUGGACCGCCAACAGCAGCGAGAAGGCUCCUGAUAUGAGCAGCUCUGAGGAAUUUCCCAGCUUUGGGGCUCAGGUGGCCCCCAAAACCCUCCCUUGGGGCCCCAAACGAUAAUGAUCAAAAAGCAGAAACCUCUCCAGCCUGCUGACCCAAACCCCACCACACAACAGUUUGUCUCAAUCUGACCCAGCAGCUGGACCCUCCGUAAAUUGUUGACGCUCCCCCUUCCCCGAGGUCUCGCAGUGAAGCCGGGCAUGUCCGGCGCUGAGUGCGGCUGGUUCUCAGGCCUGGCCGGUACCCAGCGCAUGCUCAGGACCUGCUCCCUGACACCUUUGCUCUGGGACGGCUCUCCACUAUUGUGAACACUAACAGAGGUAAUUGGACAUUUCACGAUAAGCUUCCUGGUCCACCCAGCAUGUCAGUAAGGCUCUGGCCUCGACUAUGAGAGCUCGACAGCUGUGGCUGAGUCUACUUCCUGUGUCAUGACCUCAGGAAAUAAAUUUCCUUGACUUUAUAAAAGCCAAAACGUUUGCCCUCUUCCUUUUCCACCUCCCUUUCUCCCCCUGCCUGUCAUCCAGACCCUCCUUGUAGAAUGUAAUCCGCCUUCUUCCAGCUGCUAGAAAGCCCACUUAGCCCAGACCACAGGGUGGGGAAGAGGACCCCGUUUGCACACUGGCAGCCACCUGCACCCAAAGGAGAGCCGCAGUGGAGCCAGAGGGGGCAGCAAGGCAGAGGGUGAACCAGGUUCUCAGGCGGCCUGGCUUCUCCUGCAUUGGGCUCUGAAAGCACCAGGGGUCCCCGCCCCCACACCCCUGGGCACUGGCGGCCCUAAGUCUGGUGAGCGAAGCCUGAGGGUGAGACUGCACGUCUGCCGUCUGAGUCCACUGUGGCUGUCAUAGUGGCCUGUAGGACCUGAGAAACUCGGGAUGGGGAGAGGGGCGGCCCACCCCCUCCUCUUCCGUGAGGGCCCCUCACUGUAUGUAGUGGCCUACUUGUCUUUACGCCCUCGCAGCUCCCCGAGCCUGCCCUCCCCUCACCCGUGUGUUCAGUAGCCUUCUUUCUACCUCAGAGCCAGGGUGGCAGUGGUGUCCUGCUUAGGGAGCACCGCCCAGCACUCAGCCUCUUCAUUUAGACGGUUCUGGUGAUCACGUGUUUGCUGCGGCCCUGGGCGCAGGAGACUGAGUGCUUGGGUUUGAGGCUGUGCCCUUCCUCAUGUACAGGUGGUUCAGCGGCCGGUGGGCUGGUCCAGAAUGGGGAGCGCACAUGCCAUCCCUCCCUAGGCUGUUCUCUGAUGCACAUUCGGCUGCUGCAUGCAAGCCCCUGGUCGUUGGCUUUGGGAGGCAGGCUUCAUGGUCCUGGGGUAGAGAGAGGCUGUUGCUUGGCCUGGACCAGAGGACCGAGUGCAGCUGAGGGAGUGGUCCACUCUUUCUCAGGUGUGGUAGGUAAUUCUGGGUGUUGGAGCAUAGGCCUUGGAGAGACAAGGUGCCCUGCUCUGGAGAGGAGAGGUGACCCCAGGCAGCGCCUCUGUGGUGCUGUCUGAGAACUGAGGAUGGGCCUUUGUCUCUGGGUCAUCUGUUCUUCAUCCCUGCCUCUCCCCCGACGGAGGUGACUAACCCACUCUCAAGUUGUCCCGUCCCGGAUGCUGGAGUUCCCAGAGAAGCUGGCUUGUGCCCCCGGGACUGUCAUUUCUGCUUUGACCAUCUACCCACCCACCCCUCCGAAGUUUGUUACUCUUACUUUAGUAAGUCAAGUUUGGUGAUCUUUAGACUGUGAACUCCUGAAUAGACCAAGAAUUGCUUACCCUAAGUCUAACUUGGGUUGCCUCUGCAAGUUCCCAUUAGCUCAAGCAGCCUUAAACGUGCCCGCUGAUAAGAAUGAUAAAUCGGGACAGGAAAGAACAUUUGCUUCAGCUAUAUCAGCGGGGUGAGGCUACAUCGGCUGGGUGAGCCCACAUCAGGUCGAGUGAUGGAGAUGGAGCAAGAAGGAAGGGCGCUCCCUGCCUGUCUCCAGGAGCAUCCCCUGCAGCUCUGGGGAGCUUUGUGGGGACAGGGCCAGCAGCUCUUUUCCAUCUGCACGAGUUUGGAGCCUUUCCUGUUGGCCAGCUUGCUCCUCCGCCUCACCCCUCAGCCCCCUCUGGGAUCUUCCCAAACCUCCUCUUCCCUUGGUCUUUUCUACAACAUCCUUCUGCCACGUCCAGCCCCGCCCUACGUGAAGGUGAAUUUUAAAUUGUCACAACAGAUUUUUGCACAUCUGCAUUUAUUGCUAAAUGUCAUAGAUGCAAACUCUCCUUUCCUCAACUGUGUUUAGGGUCUUGCUCUGUUUUUGGUUGUUAAUCAGGGUGAUGAGAUAACUGCCCAGGCCUGGUUUCCUGCGGCCUCCCGUGCUGCCGGCGAGUCCUGGGUGGGGAUGAGGCAUGCGUGUCCAUUUCCUCUUUGUUGAAUGUCUUCCAUAUCGUUAUGUGUCCAUAGCUACAAUCCAUCCCUUGGCCUUAACUUUGGAAUUUGGAGAUUAUAUGCAAACAUGUGUAAAAAGGCUCAUGAAUAUGGAUGACACUGGAAUUUUAUAAAUUCUAAAAUAAAACCUGAAACCAGA